GACUGCAGCGCAAACUCAAACGCCGACGGCUGCGCCAACAAAAUCGACGACGGCAGCGCCAACAACAACGACGGCGGCGCCAACAACAACGUUGGCAGCACAAACGACAACGACAGCAGUGCCAACUGCAACGACAGAAGCUCCACCUUCAGCUCCAAUGACAACAACGGCAGUAUCAUCAACAACAACAACAACGGCAGCAUCCGCUGGUACAGCAGGGAGAACAGACGCUGAAAUAGUAGGUGGCUCAGACUCUGAUACAACAGAUAGUUCAGACUAUAGAACAGUAGAUGGUUCAGUCUCUGGUACAACAGUUGGCCCAGACUCUAGUACAGCAGGCAGCUCAGACGCUGGAACAGUAGGUGGUUCAAACUCUGGUACAGCAGGUAGCUCAGGCUCUGUUACAGCAGAUGGCACAGACUCUGUUACAGCAGAUGACUCAGAUUCUGGUGCAUUAGUUGGCUCUGGUAAAGUAGGCGGAACAGAUGCCGGAACAGGAGGUGCCUCGAACACAGGAACAGUUAAUAGCUCAUACACUGGAACAGUAGGCGACUCAGACUCUGGAAUUGGAACAGACUCUGGAAAAGUAGAUAGUUCAGACUCUGAUAUUGCAAUUGGCUCAGACUCUGCUGCAGCAAAUGGCUCAAGCGCUGGAACAGAAGUUGUUUCAGACUCUGCUACAGUAAAUAGCUCAAGCGCUGGAAAAGAAGUUGGUUCAGACUCUGCUACAGCAAAUGGCUCAAGCGCUGGAACAGAAGUUGGUUCAGACUCUGCUACAGUAAAUAGCUCAAGCGCUGGAAAAGAAGUUGGUUCAGACUCUGCUACAGCAAAUAGCUCAAGCGCUGGAACAGAAGUUGGUUCAGACUCUGCUACAGCAAAUAGCUCAAGUGUUGGAACAGAAGUUGGUUCAGACUCUGCUACAGCAAAUGGCUCAAGCGCUGGAACAGAAGUUGGUUCAGACUCUGCUACAGCAAAUAGCUCA